AAACUAUUAUUAAUUUUUUAGGACAAACCUUCCCAAGGAGGUAAUGGGAUUUCCUGAUUAUCCUUUUCCAUCUGGGGAUAAUUCUUUUAUACAUCACACUGAGGUUCAGCAGUACCUGGAGAGUUACAUGGAGCACUACAAAAUCAACCCCCAUAUCAAGUUUGGUCAUUACGUGGAGGAAGUAAAGCCAGUGAUGAAGAUUGAAGGUCCUCCAGCCUGGGACGUGACAGUUAAAUCUCUUGAAUCCAAGAAGUUAUCCACCACUACGUGUGAUGCCCUUCUUGUGUGUAAUGGGCACUACUCUGUUCCAAGAAUUCCACAAAUAAAGAACAUUGAAAAGUUCCAAGGUCGCCAGGGUCACAGCCAUGAUUAUCGAGAGCCAUCUUCAUACAAAGGAUGUACAGUAGUGGUGCUAGGAGCAGCGGCAUCCGGGUUGGAUAUUGCUCUGGAACUCUCGACAGUUGCAAAAGAGGUGUUACUCUCUCACAACCAUCCAACACCAAUACCAUCAGAGUUGCCGCCCAAUGUUCGUCAAGUUCGUGGAGUCGAGUCUGCUUUGGAAAAUGGUUUUGUGUUUGGUGAUGGUUCCUCUGCUGAAGCAGAUGUUAUUUUGUAUUGUACUGGGUACUUGUUUUCAUUUCCAUUCUUGUCGAAAGAGUGUGGCAUCACCAUAGAGGAGAACGUUGUUAAGCCUCUCUACAAGCACAUCAUUAACACUAAAUAUCCCUCCAUGGCAUUCAUUGGUAUACCUUUCCUGGUCUGCCCUUUUCCUUUGUUUGAUUUUCAGGUUCAGUACUACAUGGCAGUGAUGCAAGGGGAGAUUACUCUGCCAUCCCAUGAGGCAAUGGAUACCAUGUUCUCUGAGCUCCAUCGCCGUCGUCGCCUUGGUUACAAAGAUGAACACUUCCAUAGGUUUGGAUUGGGAAGGGCCUUAAAUUAUGUCAAUGAUUUGUCAGCACUGGCUGACAUCCCAUCUCAUAAACCUUUUAAACAAAUAAUUUUGAGGAUUGUAUUGAUCAGACUUUUGUUUUCAUAUACCGAGUUCAAGAAAUACCAGUAUAGAGUUGGGAGUGAUGAGAAGGUAACAGAGAUUCUGGAUGGGCAGGUGGUGAACACUUGGAGGGACCUAGUGUGGCUGGUAUCCAAGCGGAUGUCUCGUCUCCUCUACCAGGACUUCUUUGGGGUCUUGAAUGUCAUUGCUGUUAUGCUUACCUCAAAGAUGAAGAGUUAUUUUGUUUAAUACUAUAUCAGUAGAGCAGCUUAAAUUUACUGUAUACAUGGGCAGGAGGAGGAUUGUUGGGGGUGUGCACACUUUUAGGGUUACCCAGAAAGGUUUUAAUGCAAAACUUGAAUAUAUUAUUCAGGGAAGAGGGGGAUAGGUAAUCCAUCAAUAUAGCUGUUCUCAAUUAAUACUAAUGUUACCCAGGGGAAAAAGAAAAAAAAUGGCUUUCUAGAGCUACUGAUAUGAUAGUGUUUAGCAACUUCUCUUACUGAGCAGCAGAAUCUUGGUGCUUUUCUACUUGAUUGAAUCACUGGCAUUAACAACUAAAAAUACUUGUUUGAAUAGCAUCUUUUCUCUUCCAAAUUUGUGAAGUCUUCAUUUAGUUCUUGUGUCAUGUCAAUGUUGGUAACUAAUCUUAGUAUUUUAACUUUAGUUCAGCAUUUUUUUAAUGUUAAGCACAAUUAGCGAGGUAACUGAAACGAGACCUUUGAAAGAUGGUGAUCUUUGGAUCAAAUGUGAUUAUCUUCCGUUUGCUACAUGCUGCACUAUCAUUAUAGACAUAGCACUUAUCCAUGUACAAAGCGAAUGAUAAUAUUAGUUGCAUUGUCCAACUGGUAACAAAAUAGUUUUUCCACCAAAUGGAUAAAUUUAUCUAAAUAGAUUUUAUCAUUAUCAACUACUGAUUUUAUCUCAUGAAUACCACAGUAUUUUUUAAAUCUGUAGAUGCACCCAUGAGUAUAUUUAAAUGUUUGUAAAAGACCAUAAUGAUUCUCCCAGGAAUAGAAAGACCUUUUACUGCACCAGCAGUGCAGUGAAGGGGUUUAGACUGUCUCACUCACAAGAACUUUGCCAAAGCAUUAUACUAUACAAGUUCUACAUACCUGUAGUUUAUACUUCACUCUCCAUUACCUUUACCUUCUCAGUAGUUAGUGAUUUUACUUAGGCUCUAAAGAAUUCCCAAGAAAGUUGGGCUUGUUUGUAGCUGGUACUUGUAUUGCUGUCAUAACUUGUACAUGUUUGCGUGUCUUGUCAAAAUCUGAAUUGCAGAGGUCGAGUUAAUUUCCUGGAAAAAAUAUAUAUAAUUUAGUAACUAAAGUCAAUAUAGAACACAGUAUACUUAGCACUGGACCCCAUGAGAAGUGAUGGACGAUCGAUCCUCCAUCACUUUAGCACAAGACAAUAAUAAUGAUAAUUACUGUAAUAAAUAAGAUUAACAAAAAUAAUUCCAACAAGCGAGUAAAAUAACUAUAAUAUUUCUGUUGAUGUGGAAAUGCCAACUCACAGUUAGUAGACUGAGAUAUUUUAAACUUGUACAAAAUCUAAUCUAAUCUUGGAUUUCCACAUCUACAGUAGCAUUGUCAGUGUUUAAUCUCUAUUCAACCACAAUACUCAUCUUAUUAAAGAAUGCAGUUUUUAUAACCUUCCCCCCCCCCUUUUUUUUUUUAAUGCUAGCCAAGAUACUCAAAGAAUAUUUUUGUAAGUUUCUUUACCUGGAGAGGGUUCUGGGGGUCAGUGCCCACUCCAGGUAAAGAAAUUUGAAAAAAUAUUCUUUGAGUAUCUUAAGAUUUUAGAGACAAGGUAUUGUUACUCACAGUAUCACUAUAACUGUUGGAAAAAUGGUAAAAAAAAAAGACACCUAAAGCAAAGAACCUCUUAUUUACACAUGUUAUCAGGUUUUAUAUAUAUUUGAAACUGAAAAAUGGCUAAGUUUCACUUUUCGGCAAUUUUCAGUAACCUGGAACUUACCCUGCUGUAUAAGUGGGGGCCUGCCUGUACAGUGGACCCCCGGUAUUCGAUAUUAAUCCAUUCCUGAGAGCUCAUUGAAUACCGAUAAUAUCGAAAAUCAAAUCAAUUUUCCUCGUAAGAAAUAAUGAAAAUCAAAUUAAUCCGUGCAAGACACCCAAAAGUAUGAAAAAAAAAUUUUACUACAUGAAAUACACGUAUUAAGUUUAAUGCAAUAAAAUAAUUGACACACCUUUAAUGAAGAUCUGGUGAUGAUUGAUGGGAGGGGAGAGGUGUUAGUGUUCAGAAGGGAAAUCCCCUUCCAUUAGGACUUGAGGUAGCAAGUCCUUUUCCAGGGUUACUUCUCUUCUUCUUUUAAUGCCACUAGGACCAGCUUGAGAGUCACUGGACCUCUGUCGCACAACAAAUCUGUCCAUAGAGCUCUGUACCUCCCGUUCCUUUACGAUUUGUCUAAAAUGGGCCACAACAUUGUCAUUGUAAUAGCUGUGUUAGGGUGAUUUUCAUCCAUAAAGGUUUGCACUUCAACCCACUGUGCACACAUUUCCUUAAUUUUUGAAGUAGGCACAAUGUAUUCCACAACUGGUAUAGGCUUCCCAGGGUUAGCCCCAAACCCUUCAAAAUCUUUCUUAAUUUCCAUACUAAUUCUUACCCUUUUUACCACAGGGUUGGCACUAGAAGCUUUCUUGGGGCCCAUGGUGACUUAUUUUGCAGAAACAAGCACCAAACACAGUGAUAAUAUGGAAUGUAUCCUUAGAUGUGCGCACACUGGCACACAAGGGGCAGUUCAGGCCACAGGUGUCGUACGAAUCGUAUCGAAUACCGAGGAAAAUUUUUUGCGAUAUAAUGCAUCGAAUACCGGGGGUCCACUGUACUUGGUUUACCUAUGGGGACUGCCUGUAUUAAUCAAGUUCUAUUUAAUAACAUUUUGAGUUUAUGACAAAGGUGGUGGUGGUGACGUCUUACCCUAUACACUGGCUAUGUACAAGUCUUCCUAAUAUUUAAUGUUUUACUGACGAUGCAUUUUCAGCUGACUAUAUUUUCUUUUCGAUUGUGCUUUAUAAAUGAUAUUUUUCAUUGUUUUUAGUAUUGCUAUAUUUACCUGUUACGUAUCGAGCUUUUUCAAAAUUAAAUUAUUGUACUAUAAAUUAUGGAUUAUUAGCUUAAUUCACAGCUGCUAAAUGACACUUAUGGAUUAAGGAAUUCCUUGUGAAUAAUAAUUAUAAUCUUAACAGCCAAAUUCAGUUUUUUCCAUGUUCACCGUUUUGUUUCAUUUUAAAAAAUUUAUUGUAUAAGGUUUUAACAAGUUUGCUUAUCACUUACUUAUAAAUAUUUGUAUUACUUUCACUAGUGUGUAAUCAGAUAAUUAUGAAAAGUUCUCACCAAAUUUGUUAUGUCUUAUACAAAUAUUAUAUGUUUACUGCCUAGUACUGUACAGUAAAUGCUCAGUUUAACAGGACAAAAUCCGCUGGGUGAAUCUAUUGGGAAACAGUGGACAAAGUCUGCUGGUCACAGAAUUAUUUAUUAACAAUCAUGGGAAAACAACUUCAUCUCUAUCCACCCCACCUGUUUCUUUCCCUGUUAGUCCAUUAAACUGAGCAUUUACUAAUACUUUGUUCAGUGCAAGAAAGCCUGGCUAUUCAUACAGUGCUCAAGAAUACAUGAUAAUUACUUAUGCAACAACUAUAUAAAUGUUUGAUAGCAACUACCUCCCGAAUAGACAUCAUAGUAUUUCUGAUUUUAUAAAAAAAAAUAGUUAUAUUAUUUUUAUAUAUGCUACAGCAUUUUCUGUUUGAAUUAAUGGUAUGCAUACAAUAAAUAUGACCUUAAUAGACAACUAUAAUAUUUUUGAUUUUACAAAAUAAAAUUAAAAUUUGGGAACCACCUUUAAUGUAAAUACACGUGCCAAUAUUUCAACAAUUUGGCGACGGUGACACAUACAUCAUUUAAAAUGUCAAGUUUGUAACUGGUUUUUCCCUAUUUUGUAAAACAUAAUAAAGUUUAUCUUUUAUUCAUAAA